CUUCCACCGCUGUUCGCCAUAUCUCACCCCUAUCUUUGAUGUUCGCCAGAUUCACCUCUAGAGCGGUAUAUAAUGCCUCCAAAACUCCUGUCCGCUUUAUCUCAGCGGUUCCAGAGCACCUACCAAGUCUUCUCAACUUGAAGGUGGGGCAGAUCGUUUCCUGCGAGAAGCAUCCUGAUGCGGAAAAGUUGUACGUCUCCCGCAUCCAGGUGGGGACUGAUGGGACCGAAGCCAACCUCCUCACGGUGUGUUCUGGGCUUGUGCAGUUUGUUCCCCUCGACCAGAUGCAGGGCCGCCGCGUGGUGGUUUUGACUAACUUGAAACCCUCCAAAAUGCGCGGCAUCAAGUCGGAAGCCAUGCUCCUUGCCUCUGAGGCGGAGGUAGCGGGUUCCGUGAAAGUUGAGUUGGUUGAUGCUCCCAGGUCUAGCUUAGUAGGCGAGUCGCUCUAUUUCAAGCCGUUUGUCAGGGGAAAGAAUGAGAACCCGCCGCGGUUAAAGUCCAAGGUCUGGGAGCUGAUCCAGGCUAAUCUCAAGACUAACCAGAGCUGCGAAGUGGUGUUCAAUAAUGAUGGCGAGGACUGCUUUUUACUGACGGUGAGUGGGGAAAGGGCUACGGUGGCUUCAUUGAGGGGUUCCACGGUUCGUUAGAAUAGUCUGGGCGCAGCCCGUAGGGAAUGUGUUUCGUUAAAUCAUGUAUAUAUUGUACAGCAUAUUGGAGUUACGACUGUAGAUAAAACAUAUUCCCCAGGGCGGUUUAGCUAAUUAUCCGUGUUGUUUUGUGUGACGGUGUCAUUGUCCCUACAAGUUACAGUGUUACUAGCAGAAUCUAAGCUCCCUAAAAUAAAUGUGAGGUUAUGGUCCAUUUUAAUUGUCUAC